CCGCUCGCUCCUCCCUGCGGCGGGCGGGUGCUGCGGGUGGCAGCGCCGCCGGCCCCGACUCCUCCCGCUGUCCCGUCCACGCCGGCCGGCGCUUCCCCCCGCUCGGAGCCGCCGCCAUGAAGUGUCACUACGAGGUGCUGGGAGUGAAGCGCGAUGCCGCCGAGGAGGACCUGAAGCGAGCGUACCGCCGGCUGGCGCUGCGCUGGCACCCGGAUAAAAACCUCGAGAACGCGGAGGAAGCGGCAGAGCAGUUCAAGUUAAUCCAGGCAGCGUACGACGUCCUCAGCGACCCCCAGGAAAGAGCCUGGUAUGAUAAUCACAGGGAGGCUCUGCUGAAAGGAGGAGUUGAUAGAGACUAUCAAGAUGAUAGUUUAGAUCUGCUGCACUACUUCACUGUUAGCUGUUACUCUGGAUAUGGAGAUGAUGAAAAGGGAUUCUUUACAGUCUAUCGAGAAGUUUUUGAAAAGAUUGCAAAAGAAGAGAUGGAAUAUAUGACCCAGGAAGAUAUUGAAGAAUUCCCUAUGUUUGGCAAUUCCCAAAGUGACUAUGAUACGGUAGUCCAUCCUUUCUAUGCAUAUUGGCAGAGUUUCUGUACUCAGAAAAACUUUGCUUGGAAAGAAGAAUAUGACACACGACAAGCUUCAAACCGCUGGGAGAAACGAGCUAUGGAAAAAGAGAACAAGAAAACGAGAGAUAAAGCCAGGAAAGAGAGGAAUGAACUGGUCCGUCAGCUAGUAGCCUUUAUUCGUAAAAGGGAUAAAAGAGUACAGGCUCACAGAAAACUUGUGGAAGAACAAAAUGCAGAAAAAACUAGAAAAUCGGAGGAAUUUCGGAGACAGCAGAAGCUUAAACAAGCCAAGCUGGCUGAGCAAUAUAAAGAGCAAAGCUGGAUAACUAUGUCAGAUCUGGAGAAGGAGUUGCAAGAGAUGGAGGCACAAUAUGAAAAGGAAUUUGGAGAUGGAUCAGGUGACGAGGAGGAAUUAGAAGAACAGGAGACAAAAGGCAUCGAAGACAAACUGAAUGAUGAAACUGAAGAAGCUGAAUUUGUUGAUGGUCUGUACUGCCCUGCUUGUGACAAAUUGUUAAAAACUGAGAAAGCCAUGAAGAAUCAUGAAAAGUCAAAGAAGCAUCGAGAGAUGGUGGCACUGUUACGACAGCAGCUGGAAGAAGAGGAAGGGAAAUUUCCUGUGUCUUUGGAUGGUGGAUGUGAAAUACAUACCAAAGAGGAAGAAACAGAAGACAUGCCCAAGCAGAAACUCUCAAAGAAGCAGAGGAAGAAACAGAAAACAAUGAUGACUUACGAGGACUCUCUUGAUAAAAGCGGUGAUGAAGAAACAGUUGAACAAAAGGAGGUGCCCGCUGUGGACAAGCACAGUGCCUCAGCAGAGGAGUCGGUAAAUGAUGGCCAAAGAUGUGUUGUGUCGGAGGAUGCAAGUGCUACAGAAGAUGUCAGCCAAGUGGAUGAAGCAAGAAGUGAAGCUAAAAGCCAUACUAAGCCUAAAGGGAAGAAAGCCAAGGAAGCAAAAAAGUCUGCUAAGGCAUCUUCAGAGCACCCAACGACAAAUGAAGUUCCUAUCCACUGUGUCACCUGCAACUGUGCAUUUGCAUCCCGAAAUAAACUGUUUGAACACCUGAAAGCCACAGGACAUGCAAAAGCCACACAAGCAGCAGCUGUAAAUGGAGCUGUAAACACCAGAAACAAAAAAGACAAACGUAAAACCAGAUAGAACUUUGCUACAGUGGCAGUCUUCAGAAUCGUACAUGAACGCUGUCCCGGAGCAGAGAGGUGAACAUUGAUUGUGUCUGGAGUUGAACAGAGAAGGCAAGUCCUAAUUUUGGGGAAAAAAAGGGAAGAUGAAACAUAAGGAAUAAUAUCUUGUGAAGAAACCCGUGCUUAGUUUUGGGUUUAUCAGCCUUUCUUUAACAACUGACUUUGACUUGCCAUCUCAGCAGCUUUCACAGUGGGGAUAGGAAGUAGUAAUUCAAAUUCACCUUCUGUUCCUGUAGAAACUUACGUGGAUAAAGUGCCCACACAGAGGGCUUAUUGUUAUUUUAUUGUUAUUUUAUCACUCGUGUUGCUGCUUUUCUUUUGAGAGGGCUUAGCUCAGGGCGAGUGCAGCUAGCAAAAGGGCCUGUGCUUCUUUGGUCAUCUGUCAAAGGUGAAAUGUCACCCCAACAUGGGAAAACACAGGCUUUUCUUCUGCCCUCCCCAAGAACCCUUUCAAAGUACUUAAUUGCAAUAAACAGCAGAUAAAAGGGAAAGAGUAAGAUGUCUAAGCUGGUUAAUCAGUUUUGACAGUUCCUGUCGGUUUUGUACCUACAUGCCAGGUGUUGCGGGAAAAAAAAUGCUGGUGGAAGAGCCCUGCUGGGAAAAGUGAAGGCAGAAAUGAAUGACAUGAAUAACUGAAUUUGUUCUGUUGUUUUUCUAAUGAAAAACAUGGGAGUUGUUAUUGCACCUCUGUUUAAAUGCAUAAGUCUACCUGGUGGGAUAACAAGCACCUGAUUUUGCUGUGGAGGUGGAUUUUACAAGGCUGUUGUCAAUGCAGAUGGCGAGAGCGGUGCUCAGUGUAGUAUGUUGUUUAGGAGACUCCUAUGGUGAAGUUUUCCAGAAGCACUGAUCUUGCAUUAACUAAGAUAUUCUAAAGUUUAAACGCAAAAUAGCACAACACUCUCCUUCCCCCACAUGUUGACAGGGUACCUUUAUUGGGUCACGGUAUUUUAUUCAAAUGUUAAUAUUUGACUGAAAGUGAAAUGGUAAAUGUUCCUGCUGACUGUUGACAAUACCUUUUGUUGGGGUUUUUUUGGUUUGGUUUUUUUUUUUUUGGUUUUUUUUUUUUUUUUUUUGGAAACCAAAGCAAGUAACGAACUAAUGAUUGGAAAAAAAAAAAAAAAGGCGAUUAAGUAAGAAAGAAACGUGGCAUCUUAUUUCAGCAGUCAGAAUUUGUAUCUUUGCUAAAUGACUAAUGGAUGUGCUAUGCAAUCUUGAAAGCAGAAGGAGAAAAGAAAGGCGUGUUUUGGAAAGGAUGAUGACUGGAUUAGAGCCACGUGAUAACAAUAAUUACUGUUAUUAGAAACUACAACUUUGUGCAAACAUUGUGUUUUUUUCGUGCUCUAAUUAGAGUGUAUCUUUUUGAUAAGGCUAAACAGUUUUAAGUGUGAAAUCUCCAGUUGUGUUCUGAACAGGGUAUUUCUCAGCCAGAGAUUGUCUAUGCUUAUGUAAAUGAAAUCUCACAGACUGACCCUGCAGUAUUACUUUUUGACUUUUUUUCUUAUUUAAAUAAAACCAAAUACUUUAUCA